AGGAGGAGCCGGUCAAGGUGCACCGACAGCGUCUUUCUUUUUCUUCAUUUAUUUCCGGGGGGGAAAAAACAAUGUCGCUGAGCCGAGAGCGCAUUGUAUCUGUGAUUCUGUCCGAGGGUGGCCGUGUGAGUAAAGCCAAGCUGCUGGCGCGCUUUCACGGUGCGCUCGAGUGUGACGACCACGAGGAGAAAGCCCGCAACAGAGAACUCUUCAAGAGCCUCGUCAACAGCGUCGCCUACGUCAGACGCGGCGACGAUGGCGUACCAUACGUGUUGCUCAAGAAGGCCUACCAGAGCUCCCACGUAGGGACACAACAGGAAGAGGAACAACCUGCAACAGGUGAGCAGGGUCCACCUGAGACUGCGAGUUGCUCUGGGCAAGAACAUGCUGGACAGGAAUUUAAAGGUGAUCAGAAGAAGGAGGAGUCCACAAGUUGUCAGGAAGAGGAAGUGAGCCCAUCUAAGACUGGAGUGGACAUUCUUGAGACAGGUGAUCUUGAGCAGCGUCCACCUGAGACUGCUGUGAAGGCAAAGAGACGUUCUGGACAGGAACAUGAAUCCGAGCAGAAGGAGCAGGACUUAAAGAGUUGCGCUGAAGAGGAUGAGGAAGCGAGCCAAGAAACAGAUGAACAGGAGCAGGGUCGACCUGAGCCUGUGGGGGACUCACAGAGCCCAGGGGAACGUGAACAGGAACGCAAAGGAACGCUUUCUCCUUUUGAGCUAGCUUUGCGGAGGAGCAUGUUUUUCGACACGAGACCCAAGCCAACGGUGACUGUAGAUAUUCCCAAACCAUACGGUUUGCCCCUGAGGAUGCCCCCCAUGAACAAGGCCGAGGUCCCCAAACUGAAACCGGAGCCAGAUGGACCUCCCAAAGCGGAUCCCUUCCAAAGUAAGACGGAGACUGCUGCCAAGGGAUCAGAGGAGUCCAGAAUCCCCACAGCAGUCCCACUGGAGCCAUCCGAGCACGAGUGGUUGGUCAAGUGCGCCUCGGGCCACUGGAGUCAGGUCUACGGACUUCUCCUGAUGGAUCACCACCUUGCUGGGAAGCAGGACUUCAUGUCAGGGUUCACCGCGCUGCACUGGGCGGCCAAGUGCGGUAACUGUGACAUGCUGGUGAAGAUCUUGGACACGUCCAGAAAAGGCGGCACAGGCGUGGACGUCAACGCCAGAACCUACGGCGGCUACACGCCUUUACACGUGGCCGCCUUGCACCGACAGGACUACGUGGUGGUCGUGCUGGUGGGCGAGUACGGUGCAGACGUAAAGGUCCGGGACAAUGGCGGCAAAAGGGCAUACCACUACCUGCACCGGGACACCCCACAGAGCGUCAGGGAGAUAUUAGGAGAACCCAAAUCCCAGCAAACCUCUGAGAGACCGGAGGAGGCCGACAUCCUCCCGGAGCUGUCUAAGGGUUUGCAUUCCAUAAGUCGCUUCUUCCAGCCACAUGUGUCAGCCCAACGGAGGAAGCACAAGCAAAGGCCCAUGUCCUACUCGAUGGGGGAUGAGUCCCAGGGUCAAAGACACGACGACACUGCGUUCAGGCAACGACUUGCUUCAGAUGCAUUUGCAUAAUUCGUCUGGGAGGCUACAGUUUUAUUUGGUUUUUCUUUUUUUGUUGUUGCUGUGGUACCUACUAUCUUGUGGCACCUACGUGCCAAAGAACAAUGUUUAAGGUGAAAAUUGUUGCAGACCUGAUUAAUCAACAGAUAAUUCCACACACUAAAUUUUCAUGGGGCAAAUGCCAUUUGAGUGAAUGGUAUCAACUACAAAGGCAUCCAAUCAUCUUUUUUUCUUGUCUUUGUUUCACAUUUUUAUUAAAGGAUUUUUGGGA